AUGUGGGCCGGAACAUCCUCAUCCAACCCGACUUCUCCAACCAGUCCUACGACGCCAGCGGCCUCGAAGCCCACUUACAGGCUGAAGAAUCAAGGCCGCAGAAUCGCACAAAUCGUUAAGCUGAAGCCGGAGUUUGUAGAGAAGUAUAAGGAGUGUCAUGCGAAGGUCUGGCCAGAGGUUUUGAAGCAGAUUAAGGAUUCGAAUAUUGAAGAUUACUCAAUCUUCCAUGAUCCGGAAACCCAUAUUCUAUUCGCCUCGUUCAAAUAUGUCGGCUAUAACUGGGCAGGCGAUAUGGAACGUAUGAAAGAGAACCCAAAAGUCCAAGAGUGGUGGAGGAUGACAGACAGCUACCAAGAAUCGUUCGUCCCCGGCGCAAAGAACAGCUACGAUGGAGUUCCACCAUGGUGGAAGGGUGUCGAGGAGGUUUUCUACAAUCCAUGA